GUUUCUAUAGGAAACAUUUGUCGCUCUCCAAUAGCUGAAGCAGUUUUUAGAAAACUUGUAACUGAUGAAAAAAUUGAAAAUAAGUGGAGGAUAGACAGUGCAGCGACAUCUACCUAUGAAAUAGGAAGCCCUCCUGACUAUCGAGGACAGACUUGCAUGAAGAAGCAUGGCAUUACCAUGAAUCAUAUUGCCAGGCAGGUUACAAAAGAUGAUUUCCAGACCUUUGAUUACAUACUUUGUAUGGAUGAGAGCAAUCUAAGAGAUCUGAAAAGGAAAAGCAACCAAGUUAAAGACUGCAAGGCCAAAAUUGAACUACUUGGAAGUUACGAUCCGCAGAAACAACUUAUUAUUGAAGAUCCAUACUAUGGGAAUGAAAAGGACUUUGAAACUGUUUACGAGCAGUGUGUUAGGUGCUGUAAAGCAUUUUUGGAGAAAUCUCAUUAAUGCGUCAUCAUUUUAUUUCUGAAAGAAAAUAAUUAGCUUCUCCUGAAAUAUGUAAGGUUUACUUGAUUGAUGUAUUUAAAUUGCAAAAUUAUGCCUCAGUAGGUUCAAAAUUUUUUCAGUUUAAUUUUAUAUUUUAGCUUUUCUGUCAUUGUAAUUAAAAAAUAUAGAGAAGUUUUAAUUGGAUUAGAUGAUCCACCGUUUUGUCACAUAUCAAUGUAGUAAUAAAGUAUGUCAUUCGGAAUAAAUUUAUCUGUAAACUCUUCCAGUGCUUUCUCAAAAGCACU